AAUUAGAUUCACAAUCCCACCACAAAUAUUGUAUAGCCUUUUCCUACAACCUCACUCGCCUCCUGUCAGCUACUCCAAUUUUCUCUCUCUUUUUCUCUUUCCCCAAACACACAAACUCACUCACAGAUCCCCAUUUCUACAACUGAUUUCUCCAGCUGAAACGAUAAAAUGAGCUGGUGGUGGGCCGGAGCUAUUGGCGCUGCAAAGAAGAAAUUGGAAGACGACGAUGCGCCACCAAAGUACCAAAGCGUCGGUCUAAUCGUCGGCGUGACCGGCAUCGUCGGCAACAGCCUCGCCGAGAUCCUCCCCCUCUCCGACACCCCCGGCGGCCCAUGGAAGGUCUACGGCGUCGCCCGCCGCCCACGCCCGUCCUGGAACGCCGAUCACCCCGUCGAAUACAUCCAGUGUGAUGUCUCAGACCCCGAAGAAACCCAAUCCAAGCUCUCAGCCGUCCAAGACAUCACUCACAUCUUCUAUGUAACUUGGGCCAAUCGAUCCACUGAAACCGAAAAUUGCGAGGUGAAUGGAAAAAUGUUGAGAAAUGUGCUCAAUGCAGUGAUACCUAAUUCCCCAAAUUUGCAGCACAUUUGCCUUCAAACGGGUCGAAAGCAUUACUUAGGUCCCUUUGAACUGUGGGGCAAAUUUCAACCCCAUGACCCUCCGUUUCAUGAGGAUCUUCCUAGGCUAGAUGUGCCCAAUUUUUACUAUACCCUUGAAGAUAUCUUGUGGGAAGAGGCUGUGAAGAAGGUGGGCUUAUCGUGGACGGUUCAUCGUCCCGGGAAUAUAUUCGGGUUUUCGCCGUAUAGUUUGAUGAACAUUGUCGGCACCCUUUGUGUUUAUGCUGCAAUUUGUAAGCAUGAGGGUGUUCCGUUGAGGUUUCCGGGGAAUCGGGCGAAUUGGGACGGGUACUGCGAUGCAUCGGACGCGGACUUGAUUGCCGAGCAUCAGAUAUGGGCGGCGGUGGAUCCAUAUGCAAAGAAUGAGGCCUUCAAUUGCAGCAAUGGGGAUGUGUUUAAGUGGAAGCAUUUGUGGAAGGUGUUGGCCGAGCAAUUUGGGGCUGAGUAUUGCGAGUUUGAGGAUGGAUUGGAUAUGAGUUUGAAGGAGAUGAUGAAGGAUAAAGGGCCAGUGUGGGAUGAGAUUGUGAGUGAGAAUGGAUUGUCGCCUACGAAAUUGGAAGAGGUUGGGGUGUGGUGGUUUGCUGAUUUUGCUCUGAAUUGUGAGUCAAUGUUGGAUAGUAUGAACAAGAGCAAAGAGCAUGGGUUCUUGGGUUUUAGGAACUCGAAAUCAUCCUUCAUUUCUUGGAUCGAUAAGAUGAAAGCUUACAAAAUUGUUCCUUAGAUUGAUACCGAGCUGGGUUUUUUCUUGGCGGUUGUUAAUAUCUCUCUUAUAUUAUGUUGUUGAUUGAAGAGAAAAAUAAUGAAAGAGAAGCAUUUGCUUCCUCAAACUAUGUUAUCUGUUUGGUUCUUUCAGUUGUUUUUGUUGUUGCAAUUCGCAAAUUUCAUCAUGGUCGGUGUUGUUGUUGAUGUUGUAUUUUAUUUGUUGCUAUAUUGGCAUGUUUUGUGUAUGUGACAAUGGUAUAUGUGCAAAUUAUUAUUGUUUGUUUUAUGUUAA